UCUCUCCUUGCCACGUCAGCGCUUAGGGUGGUAAUUAUUCCGUUUUAAAAAAGUGCAGGAGGUAAUAAGACCCCCGAAAAGGUAAGGUGUGUCAUAGCAACUUUGACUAAAGUUAGGGGGUAACAGUGCCUUAUCCCAUUCAGAAACAAACCUGCUCCGGAUCCGAAUACUGCUAACUCAGCUACACACGUCGAUAAUAGCCCAAAAACUAACCAAAAAAAAAAAAAACAGAUUCCACGUGUCACCAUUACAAAAGGGUGAACACAAAACCAAAAAGUUUUUGUAGCUAAACCGCCACUUAAUUGGAAUUUGUAUACAUUAGCCCACAAAAGAAAAAUGAGAACCCCAAAAAACUGGCAAAACGUGUGCCAAGUGCUAAAUAAUUGUUGUACUUAGGUUAACUAUCUCACCCACUCUGUAGCAAAAACGUUCCAAGUAUGGUCAACCCCAUAAGCUUUUUAAUAAGACAGACACGUCCUUAUUUCCCCUCCCUUAAAAUUGAUUCUUGAUCAAAACCCUGUUUUACAAGAAAAGUGACUGAAAUCGAACCACAUAUUAUGAAGACACAACAUGAGAAAAUAACCUCUUCCCAUUUUCAGCUCACCAAAUCAAAACUGCUGGUUGUACAAACUUUAGCACGCCAAGAAAACACCUCCUAUAUUUCUAGCAGUAGAAUCACACCAAAACAACCAGUCCAUGCAUAACUACAACAUUUCCUAUCAUCUCAAUAUCAUGAAUAUUUCACUUAGCACCAUUAACAUGACUUAUUCCUCUUCCUCCUCAUCAUCUUCAUCCUUCUUUGCACAACAUUUCAACUCGAACGGUCUAUCGAGAAGUUUGUUUCUCUUGCCAGAGAUACAAAUGAUGGAAAUAUUCCUAGCCCUUGUUGUUUUCGUCGCUAUACAUUCUUUAAGGCAAGGGAAAAAACAAGGAUUACCAAACUGGCCAUUGGUAGGGAUGUUGCCUUCUUUGAUUUUCGGACUACGGAAAGACAUGUAUGAGUGGAUUUCUGAUGUUCUCUGCCGGAUGAACGGGACGUUUACGUUCCGAGGUCCAUGGUUUACCAACCUCAACUGCGUGGUGACAUCUGAUCCACGGAAUCUUGAGUAUCUUCUCAAGACAAAGUUCUCAAAUUUCCCGAAAGGAGACUACUUUCGGAGCACUGUUAGAGAUCUCCUUGGAGAUGGAAUAUUCAGUGCAGAUGAUGAGAUUUGGCAGAAACAGCGGAAAACAGCCAGCAUUGAGUUCCAUUCUGCUAAGUUUAGGAACAUGACAACAGAUUCCUUGUUAGAGCUUGUUCAUGCUAGGCUUUUACCCGUGUUGGAAGAUUCAAUCAAGCAAUCAAUCCCCAUUGAUCUUCAAGAUGUUCUCCUUAGGCUCACGUUUGAUAACGUCUGCAUGAUUGCUUUCGGGGUUGAUCCAGGUUGUCUCCACCCUGGAUUACCAGAAAUUCCAUUUGCCAAAGCUUUCGAAUCAGCAACUGAGGCAACCAUUCUCCGGUUUGUCACUCCUACGCUUGUCUGGAAAACCAUGAGGUGCCUCGGGUUAGGAACAGAGGAGACGCUGAAGCAUUCGUUGAAAAAAGUGGAUGAAUUUGCUGAUGAAGUAAUCAGAACAAGAAAGAAAGAGCUUUCUUUAGCCUCAUCAGAAGAUGGAAAGCAAAGAUCAGAUCUUUUAACAGUGUUCAUGGGGUUAAGAGAUGAACAAGGAAGGCCGUUUUCGGAUAAGUUCUUGAGAGAUAUAUGUGUGAACUUCAUUCUAGCUGGAAGAGACACUUCUUCAGUGGCAUUAAGCUGGUUUUUCUGGCUCUUGAAUAGUAGUCCUGAGGUUGAAGAAAGGAUUUUGGCUGAGAUUUCUAAGAUUUUAAAUGAAAGGGAGGAUGCUAUUAAUGAAAGUCCAUUGAUUUUCAAGCCACAAGAGAUCAAGAAAAUGGAGUAUCUACAAGCUGCUCUUUCUGAGGCUCUCAGAUUGUACCCUUCUGUGCCAGUUGAUCACAAAGAGGUUGUUGAAGACGAUGUUUUCCCAGAUGGAACGGUAUUGAAGAAGGGAACAAAGGUAGUGUAUGCAAUCUACGCAAUGGGAAGAAUGGAAGGGAUAUGGGGUAAAGAUUGCAGAGAAUAUAGGCCAGAGAGGUGGCUGAAAGAUGGGCGGUACAUGAGUGAAUCUGCCUACCGCUUCACUGCCUUCAACGGAGGACCUCGCCUUUGCUUAGGCAAAGAUUUCGCUUACUAUCAGAUGAAAUUCGCCGCUGCAUCCAUCCUCUACCGUUACCAUGUCAAGGUAGUGGAAGGCCAUCCAGUUAUGCCCAAAAUGGCUCUCACUAUGUACCUCAAGUAUGGACUACAAGUCAACCUCUCCAGGCGUCAUCAAACUCCUCUCAACAACAAAUACUAAUUACUACUUUCUCUAGCUAGCUAGCUGUGUAAUGUUUGUUCCUUUCUCCGUUUUCCUAUUUUUCAGUAAUAUAUAAUGAACAUGUUGUAUUGGUGGGUGAGUAGUAAGGAGACAGGGAAAGAAAAAAGAUUGAAUUAGGUACAUAAGGUGAAUUAUUGGAAUAAUAGAUUCUGUGUUGAUUGCUAUUGAUUAUUUUUUAUAUUCAAUAUUCUUUCAGUUU